ACACCACAAACCCUACUUCAUUCCUUGAUCAUCUUCUCCAAAAGAUCCGUCUCUUUCUUUACUUCAUGUCGAAGCAAACGUACAAAGUGUGUUUCUGCUUUCGCCGGAGGUUUCGUUACACUGCAUCGGAGGCACCGCGUGAUAUCAAGACCAUUUUCGAAAAGUACUCAGAGAAUGGAGUUAUGACCGUUGAUCAUCUCCACAGGUUUCUGAUCGAUGUUCAGAAACAAGAUAAAGCCACAAAAGAAGAUGCACAGUCAAUUAUCAAUUCUGCAUCUUCUCUUCUUCAUCGGAAUGGUCUCCACCUUGAUGCUUUCUUCAAGUACCUUUUCGGUGAUAAUAACCCUCCUCUUGCUCUACAUGAGGUGCAUCAUGACAUGGAUGCUCCUAUAUCGCAUUAUUUCAUAUUCACUGGUCAUAAUUCUUAUUUGACUGGUAAUCAGCUGAGCAGUGACUGUAGUGAGGUACCUAUUAUAGAUGCCUUGAAGAAAGGUGUGAGAGUGAUUGAGUUGGAUAUAUGGCCGAAUUCCAACAAAGACGAUAUUGAUGUUCUUCACGGAAUGACUCUCACUACACCGGUGGGGUUGAUCAAAUGUCUCAAAGCUAUCAGAGCACAUGCCUUUGAUGUAUCCGACUAUCCUGUUGUUGUAACUCUUGAAGAUCAUCUUACUCCAGAUCUUCAGUCUAAAGUUGCUGAGAUGGUUACCGAGAUAUUUGGGGAAAUUCUGUUUACUCCUCCUGUGGGAGAAUCUUUGAAGGAGUUCCCAUCGCCAAACUCUUUAAAAAAGCGUAUUAUCAUCUCAACCAAACCCCCAAAAGAGUACAAGGAAGGAAAAGAUGAGGAAGUGGUGCAGAAAGGUAAAUCCUUGGGUGAUGAAGAAGUUUGGGGAAGAGAAGUUCCAAGCUUUAUUCAGAGGAACAAAAGUGAAGCCAAGGAUGACGUAGAUGGAAAUGAUGAUGAUGAAGAUGAUGAUGAUGAUGAAGACAAGUCUAAGAAUAAUGCACCACCCCAGUAUAAACAUUUGAUUGCAAUCCAUGCUGGGAAACCAAAAGGCGGAAUCACUGAGUGUUUAAAGGUAGAUCCUGACAAGGUUAGACGCCUUAGCUUGAGCGAAGAACAGCUUGAAAAGGCAGCAGAAAAAUAUGCGAAACAGAUUGUGAGGUUUACUCAGCACAAUUUGUUGAGGAUUUACCCAAAAGGAACUAGAGUUACUUCAUCAAAUUACAACCCGUUGGUUGGCUGGAGCCACGGUGCUCAAAUGGUGGCUUUCAAUAUGCAGGGGUAUGGAAGAUCAUUAUGGCUAAUGCAAGGAAUGUUUAGAGCCAAUGGUGGAUGUGGCUACAUCAAGAAACCUGAUAUUCUGCUGAAAAGUGGUUCGGAUAGUGACAUAUUUGACCCAAAAGUUACUCUACCUGUAAAAACAACACUUAGGGUAACUAUAUACAUGGGAGAAGGCUGGUACUUUGAUUUCCGCCACACCCACUUCGAUCAGUAUUCACCGCCUGACUUCUAUACAAGAGUUGGGAUAGCUGGAGUUCCAGGGGAUACAAUAAUGAAGAAGACGAAAACACUGGAGGAUAAUUGGAUACCAGCUUGGGAUGAGGUAUUUGAGUUCCCAUUAACCGUUCCAGAGCUGGCUCUGCUGAGAUUAGAAGUGCAUGAGUAUGACAUGUCAGAGAAAGAUGAUUUCGGAGGACAGACAUGCUUACCUGUUUGGGAGCUAAGCGAAGGAAUAAGAGCGUUUCCUUUACAUAGCCGGAAAGGAGAGAAGUACAAAUCGGUGAAGCUUCUCGUGAAGGUGGAGUUUGUGUGACAUGAUUGAGAUACAACAUUAUAAACUGGUCCGGUAAGUUUGAGUACCUCUGAGUUUGUGAAUUUCGAAUCUGAGGAUGUGGUUUGUGUGUGUAAGUGUGUGAGAAAGAGAGAAUGUAUCAUGUAUGCUUGAUUUGUUGUGUGUAAUAUAUAAUGUGCAUAAAAGGCAAGAGGGAGAGAGAGAGAUGGUCUUGUCUCGCGUUAUUGUAUUAUUAUGUAGUCUUGUGUAAUAAAUAGUAAGACACUUG